UACAAGGAAAAAUGUAAAAAUAUUGUUCUUACUUUCAUUCAUAGACUUUUUUUUUUAUUAAUCAGGAAAAGAGAAAUAUUUUGAAUUCGAGUUUCACUGCCUGGUGCAUAGGGAGAGUCGAAAACCAAAAAAUAAAAAACACAAAGAGUUAUUAAGAUAUUUAUUUUUAUAAAAUAAAAAUAAAAUCGAAACUCUUCAGUUCCAAGUUCCUAAACCUUCACGUGCCUCUUCUUCUUCUUCCUCUUCCUCACAACACUGUCCAUAUCGACAAAAUUCAGUCAACAGAUUUAGAAUCAGAUCUCUUCCUUUCUCCUUUACAUGUCUCAACCACCGUGGAGAUGCUUCUCUCUACUCUUCUUUGUUCUCACCAUUGUUAAACCUUCCUCUGCAUCUACUUCAUGUUCUUCUUCAUUUCAUUGCCCACCGUUUAACUCCUCACCACCGUACCCAUUCUCAUCUUCUCCGGGAUGUGGCCACCCAAACUUCCAGAUCCAAUGCUCAUCUUCACGCGCCACCAUCACAAUCAAAAACCUCACUUUCUCUAUCCUUCAUUACUCAUCUCUCUCAUCUUCUCUAACCCUCUCUCCCAUUACAAACUCUACCCGGACCAACAACAACUGUUCUUCUGCCCGGUUCUCCUCCUCACCAAACCGGUUCAUCGACUUAACCGGUUCACCUUUCAGAGUCUCUGACUCUUCUUGCUCUCGUCUCUCUCUUCUCCGUCCUUGCUCUCCUUUAACUCUCCCUAACUGUUCUCGUUGUCCUUGGGACUGUAAACUUCUAAAGAAUCCGGGUCGGAUCCUACACGGUUGCGAAUCAACCCACGGGUCGUUAUCUGAACAAGGCUGUCAAGGAGAUCUUCUUGGGUUUCUUCAAGAUUUCUUCACUAGAUUUGGAUUUGAAGUUGAAUGGGACGAAUCUCAAGAUCCUUACUUUGCUAAAUGCAGAGAUUGUCUAAUCAAGAAUGGUGUUUGCGGGUUUAAUUCGACCCACCCGAAUCAAGAUUUCCUUUGUUUCCACAAAUCAAGAUCCGAAUUAGUAACACACAGAGAUUCUAAAAGAGUUAAUCAUAUCGCUGUGUUGUCUCUUAUCUUCGCUUUGACUUGUCUCCUACUUGCUUUCUCCGUCGCCGUAGCGAUUUUCCGAUCACGGAGAGCGAGUUUCUUGUCUUCAGUCAACGAAGAAGACCCGGCUGCUCUCUUCCUCCGCCGUCACCGCUCCGCCGCUCUUCUCCCACCAGUCUUCACCUUCGAAGAGCUCGAAUCCGCCACAAACAAAUUCGACCCCAAGCGCAAAAUCGGCGACGGUGGUUUCGGUUCUGUUUACUUAGGCCAACUCAGCGACGGACAACUUCUCGCCGUUAAAUUCCUCCACCAUCAUCACGGCGCAACCGCCGCCGCCACCGAACAUUGCAAAGCAUUCUCGAUGAAAUCAUUCUGCAAUGAGAUCUUGAUUCUCUCUUCAAUCAACCAUCCUAACCUCGUCAAGCUCCAUGGCUAUUGCUCUGACCCGAGAGGACUUCUUCUUGUCCAUGAUUACGUCACUAAUGGUACUCUCGCCGAUCAUCUUCACGGCCGGAGACCGAAGAUGACGUGGCGAGUAAGGUUAGAUAUUGCUGUACAAACGGCUUUAGCUAUGGAGUAUCUUCACUUCGAUAUUGUUCCACCGGUUGUUCAUAGAGACAUAACUUCGUCGAAUAUCUUUGUGGAGAAGGAUAUGACAAUCAAAGUCGGAGACUUUGGUCUCUCUAGGCUCUUGGUGUUCUCGGAGACGACGGUGAAUUCAGCUUCUUCGUCUGAUUACGUUUGUACCGGACCACAAGGUACGCCCGGUUAUUUAGACCCGGAUUAUCACCGGUCUUUUCGGUUAACGGAGAAGAGUGACGUGUAUAGUUACGGCGUCGUUUUGAUGGAGUUGAUUACGGGUAUGAAAGCGGUUGAUCAACGACGUGAGAAGAGGGACAUGGCUUUAGCGGAUCUUGUUGUAUCCAAGAUCCAAAUGGGUCUUUUGGAUCAAGUGAUUGACCCGUUGCUUGCGUUAGACAGCGAUGAUGUGGCGGCGGUGACUGACGGAUUCGGCGUUGCGGCGGUUGCUGAGUUGGCGUUCCGGUGUGUUGCGGUGGAUAAGGAUGAUCGUCCGGACGCUAAGGAGAUUGUUCAGGAGUUGAGGAGGAUUAGGAACCAUACACGUGUGAGGGAUGAUGACGUGGCGAAAGAUUGAGUGUUGGAUUAGAUUACGGAUGACGUAAUGUGAAUGUGAUGUAAGUAAAGUGUUGUUGACUGGUCUCAUUGUGUACGUGUUGAAUUUUGUCGGGAAUUGCAAACCUUCUAUCCCAACUAGAAGGAGCCUCACAUGUGUGUGUGAUGUAAUCCUAGUACAGUAGUACACACGUAACUCGAAGUUUGUAUUUUGUGUUUAUAGAUUUUGUAUGUGAGAAUAGAGAUUUGAAAAAAUGAUUUUGUUGUUUCCCGUAACCGUAAGGUAUCAAUAUUGGAAUAUGAAAAAUGUAAGAUA